GGGUACAGGAGAAGAAUAGAGGGAGAAUUAGACAGCUGUCAGUGUGAUAGACUACUGACGGCGAGGUGAGCGGUGUAAUAGGCUAGUGCGGUGGUUGUGGCGGUGCGGUAGCGCAGCGCGGGAGUGUUGCGGUGCGGCGGCUGACAGCUACAAGCUCAGUGCUCCGGGAAACGCUACUCCUCCGAGGAAUGUGAAUCAGUGGCGAUAUCAACAGUGCUCGUGUGCAAGCAGUUAUUGCGGGGGAGUGCGUAGUGAGGUGAGGAAGUGCCGCAGCGUAGCGGGGAUGCGGCCAGCGGCGGCGGCGUCGGCGGCACAGCGACGGUGAGCGACAUCUGAGCGGCCGCGCCACCCGCUAGGGAGGGCGAGGGUGGCCCGGCCCCGCAUGUGUCCCGAGAUGAGCGAAGAUGCGGCGCGUGGGACCUGGCGACGCUCGCCGGAGGCUGCGGCGGCUCAACGGCCUGACAGUGCUACAGAGGGGGAAGAGGAAGGGGAGGCCGGACCCCCCGUCCGCCAGCAGCAGCAGCAGCACCCUGACCCCACCUUGCUCGCCGGCGACGACACCGACAGCGACAUUAGUGUGGGGUGUCCGUCGCCCAAACCAAGUGAGGAUAACUCCCCGACAGGCAGGUCGGGGCCUAUUGCGGGUCACAGCGAAGACUUGGGGUCACCUACGCUCGCUCCUACGCCGGGCUCGGCGUCAACACCCACAAAGUACCAGGAAGAUGGCGUCACAUCUCCGGAGUCAGUCAUGUCCCCCCCGCCGCCCCCUACCACCCCUGUCAGGGAGGGGGCAGAGGAUGAAUAUUUCAAGCCUUUGAAAAAAUUAAGAAUGAUUCAGUUGCAACAAGAAGAGGCGGCGGCGGCGGCCUUGGCGGCGCGAACAAACGCCGGUGUCAAGUCCUUUUCCAUCAUGGAGAUCUUGAGUCACAAGCCUGUGGUUGUCAAGGCUCCUGACGCCGCAGGGGGUCGCAUCGUCAGGCCCUGGGACACCGAUGACGACGAGGAGGGGUCGCGGCCGCAGUCUGUCGACGACAUGAGCGUUUCGUCGGCGUCGUCUUCAGGAGGGUCGCCGCGUCCUGCCUCCAGCGGACCUGGCUCUGGCAACUCCGGGCAAGCCAGAGCCCGGGGCAAGGAUGGCAAUCCACUCGACGCCCUUUUCCAGAUGACCAGCAAGACUUUCGAGGGACUCAAAUCCGGACAGCAACCCGGUGAGUACCUGUGCAACUACCUGUCUGCAAGAACUGAGGGUCAGAUAGGUUUAAAACAGCUUCAAAACCGUAAUGUUAAAACUGGUUAA